AUGGAGGAUUUUGAGAAGAAGGUGUCGAUAUCGGAACCAGUUAGCAGCAGCAUGGAGGUUGAACAAGAUCAAGAAGAGACGAAUAGUAAAGCCUCUUCCCCCAAAUCAAUUGUAGACUUGCUCCGUAAAUUCCUAGCCGUGCAGCAACGCCGAGCCCUUGCUUAUGCCCGUCUUAAACGGGGAUUUGAAGACUACAUGGCUUCAGGAGGUGAAUCAGUUUAUCAGCAACUUUGCAGUGAAAUAACAGUUGAAUUUAAUGAUUGUUCGAAGCAGGUUGUUGAAAUAGAGUCUCUAUUUCUGAGUCCUGAUUGCUGCAGAGACGAUCUAGCUCACUUGCUCAGAUCUGUUCAAACACAAGAAAAGGAUAAAUUGCAUUUGACUGCUACUAUUCAAGUGUUGAAAAAGGCUGGCCGUCCCUCUGAACGUUUGGUAAGCCAUGAAAACUGCAGAUUCGGGCAUUCAACAGGACAUGAAUGUGUUCAUAUCCAGAAUAUAACUGAAGCUUCUGGAACUGAAGAGGCAGAGGCUGAUGCACAAUACGAUAAUGCUCUCAAGGAAGCCAUUAAAGGUGUGCAGGAAGCAGUCAUUGCCAUAAACGAAUACCUCGAAGAAAUCAGGUACGAAAUUGCAGCUCUUGAAGCCGAAUGA